GAUAUGGAAGAAGUUAUAAAAAAUACAAAAAAAAGUUCAAAGAAAAAACAACAAAAUGAAAAAGAAGAAACAAAUCAAAGUCAAGAUACGAUAACGAGCAAAGAACCCACGGAGACAAAAGAUCCAGUUCCAACCCCUUUAUUAGCACGAACGCAAGCCGAAAAACAAUUUCGUGAUUUUUAUAUGAAUCGAAUUACUAAAGCUUUUGGUGAAGAUUUAGAUAAAUUGAGAAAGAAGGAAGUAAAUCUUGAUUCCAAUAAAUUAGAGAUUUUAAUUAAUACGUUAGAAUCAGGAAUAAGUAUAUUUUCGGAUGUAGAAAAAGAAUUAGCUUUAUUAUCUUCGAGUGGAAAAUAA